AUGUCUCAGAUCCAGCACGCGGUUCCGGACGGACCGAUCCGGUACACGCAGAUCUGCACCCGCAGCAGCAGCUGCUCCUCCCCGCAGACCUCAUCCUCCGCCGCCGCCGCCGGCACCGAGCCGCCGUCCUGCCCCGGACACCGCGGCCGGACCCCCCGCAGGAAGUGGCAGGUGUUCCCGGGGCGGAACCGGUUCUACUGCGACGGGCGGGUGAUGAUGGCGCGGCAGACCGGGGUGUUCUACCUGACCCUGGUGCUCAUCAUCCUCACCAGCGGCCUCUUCUUCGCCUUCGACUGUCCCUACCUGGCGUCCAACCUGAGUCCGGCCAUCCCGGCCGUCGGCGCCGUCCUCUUCAUCUUCGUCAUGGGGAUGCUGCUCAGGGCGAGCUUCAGCGACCCCGGCGUCCUGCCCAGGGCGACGCCCGACGAGGCCGCCGACCUGGAGAGGCAGAUCGACUCGACCGGCUGCUCCAAGCCGCCGCCUCGCACCAGAGAGGUUCUCAUCAACGGUCAGACCGUCAAGCUCAAGUACUGCUUCACCUGCAAGAUCUUCCGGCCGCCGCGGGCGUCCCACUGCAGCCUCUGUGACAACUGCGUCGAGCGUUUCGACCACCACUGUCCCUGGGUGGGGAACUGCGUCGGGCGGAGGAACUACCGCUUCUUCUACUUCUUCAUCCUCUCCCUCUCCUUCCUCACCAUCUUCAUCUUCGCCUUCGUCAUCACACACGUCGUCCUCAGAUCAAACCGGACCGGAUUCCUGACCACUCUCAAAGACAGUCCAGCUAGCAUCCUGGAGGUGGUGGUGUGCUUCUUCUCCGUCUGGUCCAUCGUGGGCCUGUCGGGCUUCCAUACCUACCUGAUCAGCUCCAACCAGACCACCAACGAGGACAUCAAAGGAACCUGGUCCAGAAAGGAGGGAAAGGACAAUUACAACCCCUACAGCUACGGAAAUGUCCUGACCAACUGCUGCACGGCGCUGUGUGGGCCGCUGCCUCCCAGUCUGAUCGACAGGAGGGGUCUGAUCCAGGCCGACACGCCGCAGACCGCGCCCCAGUCCAACGGGACCGGCGGCGGCGGCAGCUACGCCCCCACGCAGCUCCACAGUCACAUGUGUGACCAGGACCAGUGCCUCCAGAGCACCAAGUUCGUCCUGCAGGCCGCCGCCACGCCGCUGCUCCACAGCGACCCCGUCGUCCUGCCGCCUCUCCCCGCCAAGCCCGCCUCGCUGGGCGGGCCCUGCGCCUACCUGGCCCCCGCCCAGCCGGCGCUGCCGUCCUGCGCCGGAGACGUCCUGACCCUGAGGGACGCCGCCGUCGACUCCCACUGCCACCAUCACCUGCACCUGCACCACCUGCACCACCACCAGCACUUCGCCAGCCCCGAGGAGACGCCCUGCGGGACGCCGCAGGGGGCCCUGCCCUGCCCCGCCCACAUGCACCUGCAGCACCCGGCGCCGCCGGUCCGGUACGACCCCGUGACCCAGGACUCGCUGCACGAAGACUCGGUCAGAGGAUUGGUGAAACUCAGCUCCGUCUGAACCGCCGGACAGAAAAACUUCAGGAAUGUAACAAAAAACCUUUAUAAUGACUAAAAUCUGAUUUAUUUUUUAUUUUUAUUGCUUCUGAGUUUCUAAUUCCACCUUUUCAGAGUUUAAUUUGGAGCUGUCAAAGUUCACAUUUUCACUUUUUGGUGUAUUUUAUAUGAAAAACAAGACACAAAGUUUUACAUCGGUGGAGAAAUGGAAGUCAGAUGGUGGUGGGAGAGAUAUUUGGAGCUAAGUACAAUACAAUCCUGGAAGUGCUGGGAUGGCCUAGUCCAGGGGUGGACAGUCCUGGUCCUGGAGUUCCGGCGUCCUGCAGCUGUUAGACGUCUCCCUGGUCCAACACACUUGAAUCCAACAGCUGAAUCACCUCCAGGUUCUCCAGAGUCCUGCUAACGACC